AUGUCCGAGAACAACGGCCAGCCAGCAGGCAGCCAAUCCACUUGCCAAAAACCCAACUGGACUCCUUAUACCAUCACCGGCAGAGGUGUCAAUUCACAAGUAAUCUUCUGAACCAGCUUCACCUCGGAGCCAUCAAUCUAACUUCCUGAACUCAGGGAAACAAGUACGAUAACCGAGAUGAGCCUUCGGGUAAAGGUUAUCAUUACAGCAACCAACGUUUGGAGUUCCAGCUUCUCUUGCCCUAACUCCGCUAAUUAAGAAAUGUCAUCAAGACGGCUCCUAUUUCUACCGCGACGGAGACAACGCUACAUACCAUAACGAUGGAAAGGGAAAUUCAACUUACACAGCUCCGAAUGAAGCGGUUUACAAGAAGACUGGCUUGCCAGAGACCAAAGUGAAGGAGGAGGCGAAGACAGUAGUGAAGAAUGAGAAGGUAUUGUUCCAAGGAUGGAUAUAG